CGCUCAGAUUGCGCUCUCAGCCCGCGCACUUUCUGUUUCAUUAUGGCAGACCAGUCCAUCAGUACUCCGCAAGCGGCAUUUAACAAGCCUAAGGUGGAGCUGCAUGUUCACCUUGACGGUGCUAUCCGACUAGACACCAUUCUGGAUGUUGCACGGAGGCGAGAAAUAGCGCUACCUGCAGACACACCCGAAGGCCUGGCGCGCUUUGUUACCCUUCAGCAGCCCUCCUCCCUCACCGAUUUCCUCAGCAAAUUCGGCCAGUACAUGCACGUCAUUGCGGGUGACAGGGAAGCAAUCAAAAGAAUAGCCUGUGAGUUUGUGGAGUCGAAAGCCAAAGAAGGAGUGGUAUACGUGGAGGUGAGGUACAGUCCACACCUUCUGGCCAACAGUAAAGUAGACCCUAUACCCUGGAACCAAAAAGAAGGCGACCUGACCCCAGACGAGGUGGUGGAUCUGGUGAACCAGGGACUGAGCGAGGGAGAGAAGAAGUUCGGCGUGAAGGCCAGGUCCAUUCUAUGCUGCAUGCGCCACCAGCCAAACUGGUCCAUGGAGGUGGUGGAGCUGUGUAAGAAGUAUCAGAAAAAGGGGGUGGUGGCCAUCGACCUGGCAGGAGACGAAUCCCAGGACUGCACAGCACGUCCACAGCACAGGGAAGCCUUUGAGGAAGCGGUGAGGAGUGGGAUCCACAGGACGGUUCACGCAGGGGAAGUGGGCCAGGCGGCAGUUGUUAAAGAGGCAGUGGAAGUCUUGAAAGCUGAGCGAAUCGGGCAUGGCUAUCACACCAUAGAGGACGGGGCUCUGUACAAGAAGCUGCUUAAACAGAACAUGCAUUUUGAGGUUUGUCCAAUAUCUAGUAAGUUUACAGGAGCCUGUGACCCAGAUUUCACCAAACAUCCCCUCAUCAGGUUUAAAGAGGAUGAGGCCAACUACUCUUUGAACACCGAUGACCCUUUGAUAUUCAACUCCACCCUGGACACAGACUACAAUACUGCCCAGGAGUACAUGGGAUUUACAGAGAAUGAAUUCAAAAGGCUGAAUUUAAAUGCCGCCAACUCCAGUUUCCUGCCGGAGAAAGAGAAGGGUGAGCUUGUGAACCAUUUGCGCAGUGCUUAUGGAAUGGUGAACAACCUUUGAAGGGACCACUGACACACAGCACAGAUACCCACUGUUUAAGCAUGAUUUCAACGGGAACAAGAUCAUGGAUUAUGAUGCGAAAGAAUUUUGGGCCUUUUAUUCCAGUGCAGAUAUCCAACUCUGACGCACACACACACACACACACACACACACACACACACACACACACACAAAUUCUAUAUUUUCCUCAUUUUAUAUGUAGUACAUUUUAUACAGUACUUAAGCAAACUAAAUUCUUACAUCUCCUGUA